AUGCCCCUCUCUCAUUCCCCCCCUUUUCUCAUUCAACAAAGGAUCCCCAACAAUGGGGCAACAAAAAGUUACCAUGGGUUUCUGUAUCGGCGACCUCAAGAUUUAUUAUCACAGCCCAUUUAUGAUAACAAUGGUUUGAUUGUAGGACUACAGUCAGCUAUCCCAAAUUAUUUGAAAGGAUUUGAUGCUAACAAUCGCACUAUAAACAUUCCCCCUGCAAAAAUGAUGCCCCCUUUUAUGAAAGGAGGAAAAACUAACAAGGGUGUAAAAUUAUACACACUCACAGCCUAUUUUAAACACCCGAGACUUGUGUGUAACCCAGGUGCUAGAGAUGCCAAACCAUAUAAAGGUCUAUAUAUACAAAUGGGGGAUGACCCUGAAAGAGAUUAUAUGGAAAUACCAUUAAAAUUAAAAGAUUUAUCAAGUGAUUGGAAAGAAGCAGGAUGUGUUACAAAAAUGGGUACUCAUUAUUUUAAGAACCUUUCAAAGAAAUUACGAUGCGAGGAUCUCUACCCCGUAUUUCUAACAUACACUGAUGGAAAAUUGGGUGCCUUUGGGUGGAUAUUCCAAGGAAAUCCACCAAAAAACAAUAAAUUUGACCUUAGCUGGUAUCAUCUCUCUCCAAGCCUGUAUGCGUUCAUUGGACUCAAAAAAAAAAACGUGCCACCAUGUAUGCUCUAUCCUGAGUUCCAAGUGAAUGGGAUUCAUAUUUGGCUCCGGCCACCAUCCGAACAGUUGUGUAUAAAACAUCCAAUCCAUACAUCUCACCCAAGCUCCAAGACAACCACAACUAUAGUUCAGCUGCAGAUUGUCCCAGGAAAUUAUUACAUUGGAAAUGCGAACAGCCCAUCCUUAGCGGGUAUUUUUGUCCUUCUAGUCAUCUCCAUUGGACUACAUUUAAUCUAA